AUGAAAUCUCGGUCAGGUUUCAAUCGGAUCAUUUCGUUGGUGCUUUUAUUAUCACUAUUGCUAGCAAUAGUCCCAUUAGUAUCAUGUUAUCAUAACUUUACUUAUCAAGAGACAAAAUCAUCUUCAGUAAUACCUCGAAUAUGGAAACCAUAUGUGUAUAAUGAUGGUACAAUACUCGUUCGCAUAAUUCGAAGAGAUGCUGCAAAUAGUAUCGUUAAUCGAGUAUGCCUUCAACAAGUAUUAUCUCUACGAAUAAUAUAUCCAAACGGAACCGUAACUGAACUUGACAUUGACUUGAAGAUUCAAUCUUUCAAUUAUUGUCUUAUUGCGGCUAGUCCGCAAAAUUUGGAACCAAUACACUUAUACCCUUUACAAACUGGUUAUUUCCUCGUAAAUUACUUUAAUGCUACAGAUGUUAAUGAUUACUCUACUUAUCAAGAAUGGACAAUGAUCGUUAAUUGGAAAGGUGUAAUACUUAGUCAAGCGUUUUUUGGAUACGCUUAUGUAAAUUCGGCCGGCUAUGCUAUUGUCUAUGCGAAUUCAUCUGACCAAAAUAAUUCGCCUGAUCCACUUACCGUUCGUGCGGCAUUAUACAUUCAACCUAUUGGAUAUGGUGACAAAACCUUGGGAUCUCCGCUGCUUCUCUAUCAACUCCCACUUCAAAACGUGUUUUUCGGUCCACUUUAUUGUGAUAUUUCUCCUGUUAAUGUCGGCCAAAUUUGUACACUAACCAUUGGUUCCGUUAUUGAAUUUACUCCAAUAUCCAGAAUAUUACCUACUCUACCUAAUGUUACUUCAUGGGUGGUUUCUUCACUACCUUUUGGUGGUUAUUUAUUGGUUUCUCAAACUCUAUCUCCAACUGGCAUAAAUGUUUAUGCAUAUAUAUUUGACGAAUACUCCUCCACUGGACAACCUUGGGAACUUUUAGAACCCUAUCCUUCAAAUGUAGCCGGUUCUUUCGAAAUUCUUCCUAAUAAUUCUAUUAUUGUCGCUAAUCCGGAAUCUUUGAAUACCUGGUCAUUUGUAGUUUCUGAUUUACCUAAAUUUACAAAGAAUAAAGAUAAUGGUUACUCUAAUGUUCGUGUAAACAUCACCAGCCCUAAUAUUGGUGAUGUGAUUCCAACUUCAACUCAAAAUAUCACCAUAAGAUUUUAUGACCCUGUGGAACUUUCUUCCGGAAAUAUUUCAAUCUAUCAAACUGAUAAUAACCAAAAUGAUGUUCUUCGACAAAGAGUUUCUGGAAAAAAUAUUGGUUUUUGUUCAAUAUCUGAUGAUGGUUUAACAGUAACCAUUAAAGUCCUCGAUAGCACCUUUAGUAAACCAAAUUCCAUGUUUUAUGUAAAAGUUGAUAAUAAUUUUGUAAGGAGUAGUGCUUUUAAAGAACCACUUAUUGGAAUUGGUGAAAGAAUUUGGAAAUUCAACACAGAGAAUAAAGAAGAGCCAUUUGCAGGCUCAGUAUCUGGAUUAUUACGUUUAACUCUGGAUGGAUCAACGUAUUACGAUAGUCUCAAUUCAAGUGGCAAAAGCAGUUUCUUUUCCAAUCUUCAAAAUGAUAUUUCAAAAGCCCUCCCCGUUUCUCCUUCCCGUUUAAGUUCUAAUCAACACGUUCAGGUUGAUUUCUCUAUUAGUCCAGGUCGACAGAUUUUCUUAUCAUUUAAUAUCGAACAAACUAGAGAUAAAAAUGAAAGAAGUGUUGCUUCGAUUAUCCGAGAUUUAAACACAAUGGUUCGUAACAAAGACAUUACACCAAUUGGGUCAGGAAACACUACAAAAUUUCUAGAUGAAACUUAUGGAUUCGUGCCAUCGGCAAAUCUAUGGGAUAAAUACAAGUUGAAGCUGUUGGGAGUGUUCUUAAUAGCUUGCUUGUUGAUUACUCUUUUCCUUAUGGCUCAAAGAAGAGAUAAGAAGGGUAACAACAUUGCCAUUUUACAACUUGGCCUUAUUUUAUUUGAUGUUACCAUAGAUAUUCUAUUCUUGGUUAAUAAUGGUAAAGAUGUUGAGAUUUUAUACAUUCCCAGUAUAAUAUUCCUGGUAGUUCCAAUUUGCAUAAAUACUUCAUUAGCUUUUGUUAUCAUUACAAAGGAAAACACGCGUCCUGAAUUUUUCUCAUGGUUUGUCGCACAUGGAAAAGUCGCGUCAAUAUUUACCGUAUUGGCUGGCGCUGACAUUGAAGCAUUAGCCGUACUUAAAUCAAACCUUGCUGGAUUUACAUUUUUCCAAGCUCCUUUUUCAGAUGACGCUCAAUCAAGCAUAUUUUGGGGUGCAUGUUUGAAUAUCUUCACAGAAGACAUACCUCAAGUAAUCAUUCAGAUCUUAUACCAAGGAAAUACUGUAAUAUAUGACAUAAUUCCACUACUUACCCUUGUCUCAUCCUGCCUCAAUUUGACGGUUAAUAUGAUUGGAAGAUUAUAUCAAGCCACGAACAGAAUUCGACAAAAGAGACAAAGUUAUCGUCUUCCUAAAACCGAUGAAACACAAUACGAUAUGGGAAAUAACCAACCAUUUCACAUGUCAGCUCCGAUGGUUUCUCAUGAUGAAUCACCUCAAAAGAUUGAUGUUAAAAGCGACAGACUUUCUGUUGAUGAUGAAAGCAAGAAGUUGGCAAAAAGCAAUUCAACGA